AACAAAAAACAAAUAUUGGACAUACAUUGUAAGCCGCUGAUCUGGAAGAAAUUUAAUCCUUAAAAUGAAUAAUAUGAAUCCACGGUUUAAUAUCCGUAUGACUGAAUACUUCAUACAUUGUAAGCCGCUGAUCUGGAAGAAAUUUCAAUCGACGGCUCAAAAUCUCCAUAUAUAACCGGAUACCUAAUCACCAGGUCGUUACAUCGUUUUCCCGGCAAAAACUCAAAGCUCUUGUCUUCUUCUUCUUCUUCCAAAGAUUAGUGAGUCUGAAGCUGUGAUGUGAUAUGAUAUUAUUAUCAAAUUAUUUCCUUCCUUCAUGCCAAAAAACCCACCAUUUAAAGUUCCACCGUUCUUCACAACCAAGAAAACUAAUUCUAAAUGUCUUACGACGUCGUUUACAACUCUUAUUCAAAACCCCAAACCCUCUUCAACUUCCUUAAACUCCACAUUCUCAAACCACCUCAAAAAUCAAAGACUAGAUUCAGCACGUGCCGUUUUCAACAAAAUCCCUUCCCCUCACGUGUCUCUCUACACCAAACUUCUCCUCGCCUAUGCUUACAACCACAGAUUCCCAGAAGCACUCACCCUCUUCAACCAAAUCCCAUCAAAUUCCAAAGACACAAUCUCAUGGAACUCCAUCAUCAAAGCCUCCAUUAUCUGCAACGAUUUCAUCACUGCCGUUAAACUGUUCGACGAAAUGCCUCGCAGAAAUUCAAUCUCAUGGACGACAAUAAUAUACGGGUUAUUAUCUUCCGGAAGAGUUGUUGAAGCUGAAACGUUCUUCAAUGAAAUGCCGCAUGAUGACAAAGACAUUGCCACGUGGAAUGCUAUGAUUCAUGGUUACUGUAAUAACGGUAGAAUUAACGAUGCUCUCCGUUUGUUCCGUUUAAUGGGUUCACGUGAUGUUAUCUCUUGGACUUCAAUAAUUGCUGGGUUGGAUCGUAACGGAAUGAGUUAUCAAGCUUUGGUUUUUUUAAAGAAGAUGGUCGGUUCUUCUGAUGUUGAAAUUUCUUCAACUACUUUGGUUUCUGGGUUGUCUGCUGCUGCUAAAAUUUCAGAUUUUUAUGUGGGUGUUCAGAUUCAUUGCUGUAUGUUCAAGUUUGGUUAUUGUUGUUCUUUGGAUGAGUAUGUUUCUGCUUCGCUUGUUACUUUUUACGCUAGUUGUAAGAAAAUGGAGAGUACUUGUAAGGUUUUUGGUGAGAUUGUUUGUAAGAAUGUGGUGGUUUGGACUGCUCUUUUGACUGGGUUUGGUUUGAAUGAUAGGCAUGUGGAGGCAUUGGAGGUUUUUGGUGAUAUGAUAAGAUUUGGGGUGGUGCCGAAUGAGUCUUCUUUUACUAGUGCUUUGAAUUCGUGUGUUGGGUUGGGGGAUCUUGAGAAGGGGAGAGUGAUUCAUGGUGUGGCAGUUAAGAUGGGUUUGGAAAAUGGGGUAUAUGUGGGGAAUUCUCUUGUUGUUAUGUAUAGUAAAUGCGGUUUUAUUGGUGAUGCAUUGUAUGUGUUUAAGGGAAUUGGUGAGAAAAAUGUUGUGUCGUGGAAUUCUGUGAUUGUUGGUUGUGCUCAGCAUGGAUGUGGAGUGUGGGCUUUGGCGCUUUUUAAAGAAAUGUUGAGGGAAGGAGUUGAGUCUGAUGAGAUCACGUUGACAGGUUUGCUUUCUGCUUGUAGCAGGGCUGGGAUGUUACAGAAGGCAAGGUGUUUCUUUGGGUAUUUUGGUAGGAAAAGAUCGAUGAAGCUGACGAUUGAGCACUAUGUUUGCAUGAUGGAUGUUCUUGGCCGGUGUGGAGAGGUGGAGGAAGCGGAAGCGCUGGCGAUGAGCAUGCCUGUGGAAGCAAACUCAAUGGUAUGGCUGGUUUUGCUGAGUGCCUGCAGGGUGCAUUCUAAUUUAGAUGUUGCGGAAAGAGCUGCGAAACGGAUAUUUGAAAUGGAGCCUGAUUGUAGUCCUGCAUACGUGUUGCUAUCAAACUUGUAUGCCUCUUUGAGAAGAUGGUCCGAAGUUGCAAAGAUCAGGAGUAAAAUGAAACAUAAUGGAGUUGUGAAACAACCUGGGUCAAGUUGGAUAACUUUAAAAGGACUAAGGCAUGAGUUUCUGUCUGGAGAUAGGUCCCAUCCUCUGACUGAGAAAAUCUAUGAAAAGCUAGACUGGUUAGGAGUGAAGUUAAAAGAAAUGGGUUAUGUUCCUGAUCAACAAUUUGCCUUGCAUGAUGUUGAAAUUGAGCAACAAGAAGAAAUGUUGUCCUACCAUAGUGAAAGGCUUGCAAUUGCAUUUGGGUUGCUUAGCACUGUUGAAGGAAGUAGAAUAACUGUAAUGAAAAAUCUACGUGUAUGUGGGGAUUGUCAUAAUGUGAUAAAGCUUCUUGCAAAGAUUGUUGAUAGGGAGAUCGUGGUCAGAGAUUCUAGCCGCUUUCAUCACUUUAAGAAUGGCAUAUGUUCUUGUGGGGAUUAUUGGUAGAACAUUGUUUGUUCAUUCACUGAAAAUACUGGAAAUUUUUGUUAUGCACUGCAGAUCCUUGAUAACAAAGGAGGAAAUGAAAAGUUUGGUACGACACAUUCAUUGUCUUUGCAAUCUGUUAACUAAGACAAGAUUCUUAGUAAUGGAAGGAGCAAAAAGGAAUAUUCUGUGAGAAGGAGUAGAAGAUUCAAAAUGAGGAAGUGUGAAUUAGAGUCAUCACCAACAAGGAUAGAAACCUUUUAUAUGAUAUAUGGAAUACAAGAAAUCAAGUUUCCUAUAUAGCAAGAUCUACGAGAUGUUGUGCAGGUAUCUGGCUACUGCAAACAAUUGGAGGAUUCAGAAUGUUGAACUGCAUCAAAAGGCAUUGAUUUACAUUUUUCAAGCUGGUGAUUUGAGAUGGGUACUGUUUCUGGUAGUGAGACUGUAGCCACUACGAAGAUAGGUUUGGGAGAUGAAAUUGGAAGCAGCCCAGCUGGAAAUAUGUUUGGAUAGCAAGGAUGGCUCCUAAUAAUAUCCUAAGGAACAGAGGCAGGUGGGAAAUAUGUUUAGGUAGAAAAAUGAAAGGUGCUGGUGGUGAGAAGGUUUAAAGAUUGUUUGAUUUUGUGGGGCUAUUGUAUUUAUAGUUGAAUUGGGAGGAACCCCAGCCUUGUUCAUGCUCCCUGGGCUCCUUAGGCAUUGGAAUUGGUUGGAUUGGGAUGGUCAAAUAAAAUUUGCAGAGUACAGAUAAAAAUACAAAAAAAA